GGCAUGGAGAACCUGGACGGCGACAACGUGCUGCACGUGGCGGCCAUGUUCCGCCGGUCGAAGGCCAUGGCCAGCCUCCUGGAGGCCAUAUCGGGGGUGCCUCCUGAGCUGCGAGCCGCCAUGAUCAACAGUCCCAACGCCGACCGCCAGACGCCGCUGCACGUGGCCACGCUGGCCGGCGAUGCCGCCUGUGCGGGCCUGCUCCUGGAGGCCGGCGCCCAGAGCCACCUGGUGGACCGGGCUGGAAACACGGCCCUCCACCUGGCGGCUCAGGUGGGCAGCGCUCCCGUGCUGCGCCUGCUGCUGCAGCGGCUGGGGGCCGACGGCAGCGCGCAGCGCAUCCUGCAGCAGACCAAUUACCAGGGUCUGAGCCCGCUGCACGUGGCCGUACAGGCCGGCCGGGCGGAGUCGGUGCGGCUGCUCUGCCAGGACGGCGCCGACGUGGCCGCCCCCGACGACACCGAGGGUCGCUCGCCACUGCACAUGGCCGUGGAGGCGCGCAACCCGGACAUGUGCCGCCUGCUGCUGGACAGGGGCGCCGCCGUUGACGCGCUGACCUUCGCUGACGUCACGCCGCUGCACAUCGCCUGCAAGCUGGGCGACCGCCGCCUGGUGGCGCUCCUGAUAAGCGCCGGUGCCGACCCACGCCGCCAGAGCGUGGAGCGCCAGAUCCCGGCCGGCUCGGGCACGGAGAGCGAGGAGGACGAGGCAGGCGAGAGGGAGACCGACGAGGCGGAGGAGAGCGCGCCGCGGCUGGACGCCUUCCUCUACGCCGAGAUGGCCGGAGACUCGCAGCUGGAGCAGAUCCUGCUCGGGAGAGUGCGCGCCGCGAGCCCGGAGGUCGAGGCCGCCGCCGCCGCCGCGCCCGUCGCCGCCGCCGCCGCCGCGGUGCCGGCGGCCGUGGCCAAGAAGGGCGCCAUGGACAGCGGCAUGGACUCGGGCCUGGGCAUCACGCAGGAGCUCACCUCCGCCUCGGACGUGGCGCCAGCGGCCGAGCCGCACCCCCGCUCCCCAGGCUGCCUGCCGGAGUCUGCCGAGCGCCGGCUGGUCGCCAUUCUGGACGGACCGGACAAGGCGUGGCGCGAGCUGGCCCAGGUGCUCGAGCUAGACGUCUCGGCGCUGGAGCAGCGGGCCAGCCCCACCGCCCAUAUACUGCGCUGCGUGAAGAAGUACGACAACCUGUCGUUGGAGUACCUGGCCAAGGUGCUGCAGAUCCUGGGGCAAGACGAGGCGCACCGCAUCGUGCGCGAUCAUGCCGGCCAGUAGUCGCCGACGACUUCACGUCCUAUUGGCCGGCGGACGACCGCGGCGCGCGAUUGGUGCAUGGACGUGACGUCAGCAGCGCGUGAGCGGCUUCAUUGGCAGACGCAUGCGGCCGGCGCGCAUGAUUGGACGUGUGAUGUGAGGUCUGAGGUUGCGUCACGCCGCCAGCUGUUUCGUGACGCGCUGGAUUGGACCCGAUGUCUGUGGCUCCGCCCACCGGCUGGCACUGGGAGGUGCGCACGUGAGCGAAGCUCUGUGGUCGACGUGGCGGGACUGGGUAGUUUGUGAUUGAGGGGGAGAUGGUCGUGUCCACACCCCCCCCCCCCCCCUGACGGCGAGGCGCCCCGUGACCUAUUGAUGUGACAGCAGCCCGACCGGGCCCGUUCAAGUUAAAAUCAAACGUUUAGUUAAGGCGUGUUCGUGCGUGUUUAGUUUAAGAAACGUAGUUGGUCAUGUCGCGGCAGACGCCGCGGGCUCCGCCUCCCACUCGCCGCCGCCGGUCGCCGAGGCCCGCCUCGGCUCUCGUGCUGCGGCUGACGUGUCCGAAGUCAAGCCGCCGUAUCGCAUCGCCGAACGCGGUGGCUCGUUGCUGCCGCCGCCAGAGGUCGCGCUCCCGCCGGGCCGUCGCUGCGCUUGGGUGGCGGGAUGGGGCUCUGGCUUUGGCGCUGAACGCUGCGGCAGUAGAGCGAGGCUGGCGCCGCGGCACCUCCAGGGAAGAGAGGAGGAGAAGGAGAAGGAGAAGGAGAGGGGGGAGGGGGGGGGGGCGGCGGCCGUUCAUCGCUCGACGUUUCUCCGGCUCCCACUGGGUAGCUGACGGCCCUGAAUGCCGAGUAUCCACUUUAAAAAAAAAUCCCGACGGAGGUUUUCACCACUUGUCGGUCCUGGCUCUUGUUGGCAGUCUAAACCGGUUACGUUUGUUAAUUUGCACGUGUUCGUCGGCAUUUUUCAGGUUAUGGCGAUCGUGAGCUCUGUUGGCGUUUUAGCGGAGUGACUCGUGUCGUCGUAGCCGUCCGUCCGCCCAUGGCUGCGCCUCUGCACAGCCCUGUGUCGCGCGGAUAAAUGUAGUUGUGGAGAAGUGCGCCGACCUCGGCCGGUCUCUCGGACGGUGCCGAGAUGUGACCGCCUUCGCUUUUGUCCUCGUGUGAACGGCCGUUUUCCAUCGAUGAUAGUUGUCCCAUUGUCACAUUGGUGUUUGCAGACUGUGCUUUAUUUGGCUCGGGGGGGGGGGGCGGUUUGGCUAGCGCCGUUUAUUUUCUCAAACACCUCCGGCGGAACAGUGCGGUUGAGUCCACAAUCUUACGAAAACAACCUGAAAACAUACACCUUUUAUCCCAUAGGCCAGCAGAAUACCGGGAACUGUAGAAUGUCUACCAAAAUUGCGGGUCACAGCGGCAGCUGAGCGCUUGUGCAGCCGAGCGCACCUCGUCGCUGUGCAACGCCGCUAGGUCCUUAGGUGGCGUCACCUGUCCCGCGGGCUGGCAGUGCUCGAUGGAGCCGACCGGCGCCACCAUCGAGCCACUCGGACUCCGGCGCAAAAUCCUGACGGCGGGUGCUCUAACGGGAGAGAAACGGAUCCGCGCCGCCGGCCGGCUGACGGCGCCGGCGCUCAGACGCAGAAGCGCUGACGGCUCAGACGCCAGAGGCGCUGACGGCUCAGAGGCCGAACCACGCGGUGGUGGUGUUGCCAGUUCUGACGGGUUCGCUUCGCGUGGUAGACCAGCCCCCAGCGACGGGGCGGGAUGCGCACGGCGAAGCGCUACUGUUGUCACGCGCGCGUCUCGUUCGUCGCCGCGGCCCGGGCGGGGCUGGUGGAGCAGCGCUGUGAGUGUUUGCAAGUGCGCGUGAUGAGUAGGUUUAGUGUUGGCCGUCGGUGGCCCGGCCGCGGCUGCGCCGGCCACCUAAGGUCUCGUCGUGCCGCGUGUGCCGUUGGACACGUGACGACCUGUGGCGCGCCCGUAUCGGCUAAUACACGUUCUCGUACACGAA